UUCAGGCUUGAGCAGAAGUACAAUUCCUUUUCAUCCCUCUGGGCAAAACAAGACAAAGGAUGUCGUGGAUAACAGAAGGUGAACUGUCUAUGCUGGAGAGAUUCUGUGCCAGUGUGUUAAAAGCUGGACCAAUGCCCAAGCAUGUGGCGUUCAUCAUGGAUGGCAACCGGCGUUACGCUCAGAAGCAUAAUGUAAAGAAACUGGAAGGACACACACAGGGAUUUGCGAAACUGGCACAGACUCUGCAGUGGUGUUUGUCUCUCGGUAUCCGAGAAGUCACAGUUUACGCCUUCAGUAUUGAGAACUUCAAACGGUCCAGGGAAGAAGUAGAUGGGUUGAUGGAAUUGGCAAGGCAGAAAUUCAUCCGUCUUCUAGAGGAACAGGACAAUCUGGAGAAACAUGGGGUGUGUGUUCGAGUCCUCGGAGACCUGACACUCUUGCCACUAGAUAUCCAGAAGCUGAUUGCCAAAGUUGUGCUGGCCACAAAGCAAUACAACAAGUGUUUUCUGAACAUCUGCUUUGCAUACACAUCGAGAGAUGAGAUUAGCAAUGCUGUGAAGGAGGCGGCUUGGGGUGUUGAACAAGGGUUGCUGCAGCCAAGCGAUGUGUCGGAAUCAUUACUCGACAAGUGUCUCUACACUUGCAAGUCCCCUCAUCCGGAUAUCCUGAUAAGAACAUCGGGGGAGGUCCGGCUUAGUGAUUUCUUGCUGUGGCAGACGUCUCAUUCCUGUUUGGUGUUCCAGCCUGUCCUGUGGCCAGAGUAUUCCUUCUGGAAUUUGUGGGAUGCUGUCAUCCAAUACCAGAUGAACCACAGUUCUUUGCAAAAAGCCAAAGAGCUGUACCUAGAAGAAAGGAAAUGGCAGCAGCUAGAAACUGACAAGAUAUAUGUAACUGAGAAGCUGAAAAAAGAAGGGUGUGCAUCAGGUGAUCCUCAGCGUUGGCGGGAGCUCUUGCAGGAAUGCAAAAUUCAGCGAGAAGAGAGGAUCCAGGGCUUUGUGCAGGCCUUGGAAAAGAAGAGAAUGGACUUCCUUGUCAAACUAAGCAUGGUGUCCGCAUGACAUGAAGGAACUUGUAAGGGGAGGUUGGUGAAGAGGCAGAAGCAUGUAAGCCAAGUUAGGAUCUGUUCAGCUGCUAUUCAGACCGCCUUGUUCGAAAAUGGGGUCUACUAAAGCUCUUGUGUUCCCAGUAGACAUGGCAGCAAGUCUCUCUCUCUCUCUCUCUCUCCCCCCCACCCGCCUCCCCUCUUCUUCUUCCUGGUGAUUAUCUGAACUGUUGGAAUUUUUGUGUUUGUAAUAAAUUAUUGAUUCCUAAUGUAAUACAGUUGAAGAGGUGGUGAGACAUAAGGCAGUUAGCUGUAGAACUGGUAAAUAAAGGACAAUGUUGCGUAGGGGUGUGUGUGAAAGAAGUGCUGUACGCGCAAGGGUUUCUUUUUUUUUUUUUGGUUCUGUUUUCCCAAGCGGCAGUCUUUCUGUGUCACUCCUUCAAGGCUUUUUGAGAGGCUGUUUGUGAUGUGGCACAGGGAAGACUGCACUUGUUAAAGUUUAAAGCUACAAAUGUAUGCACUUGGAAAGGAGCCCUGCUGAACCUGGCAGGGCUUAGCUCUGAGCAAGCCUGCAGUAGGCUGUAAGAGGAAAAGUCCUGUUGUGUGUGUGUGUGUGUGUGUAUGGUAUGAGUCCCAUGAGUUCUAGAGGGGCUUUAUUACUCUUCUUCUGGUAGUGAGAUAGACUGGCUAUCCCAUUCUCUUUUUCCUCUCCCAUAUCUAGUUCCUUGAGUCUUUGCUGCCAGAGACAUUGGAAUUGGAGGGCAGGUGUGCUUGCUGAACAGCACAGUGGCUAUGCUGCCGCAAUCAUUCUGGUAUGUCCAGGGGAGUGUUCCUCUUGCUCAAAGAGCCCUGCAGAGCUUUGGACAGACAUACUGACCGCAAUCCAGGUUGUUUUACACGUCUGCAUCUAAUGCAGCAUCCUUUGCUCUUUUUUUAAAGUGUGCAUACAUGAAUGUGUGUUUUUUAGUUUUUGAUGGCACUUGUCCAUUUUUUUAAAAAAAACUUGAUAAUUAAGAAUGCUGGAUGCAGCUGGAAGAUGAUUGCAUUAUCAAGCAAAAAUAAAGCAUUUGCAUGAUGGGCAUCUUUUUAAAACGGGCUGAA